AUGGAUACAUUGCCGACGACGUCGACGGCGAAGAGAGGAGCAAGAUCGAAGGUUCCUCAGACAUCAAAGCCUUCUCUCCUCUUAGCCUUCUGCUCUUGUGUUGCCUGGCUUUACGUCGCCGGCAGGUUAUGGCAAGAUGCAGAGAACCGAAAUUUACUUGCUAGUCUUCUUAAGAAGAACUCAGCUGAGAGACCUAAGGUUCUUACUCUGGAAGAUAAGUUAAUGGUACUAGGGUGCAGGGAUCUGGAAAAGAGGAUUGUUGAAACUGAGAUGGAAUUGACAUUGGCCAAGAGCCAAGGGUACCUCAAAGGGCAACGGCAGCAAACCGCCUCUUCUGACCGUAGGCUUCUUGCUGUUAUUGGAGUGUAUACUGGAUUUGGAAGCCAUUUGAAAAGAAAUGUAUUCAGAGGGUCUUGGAUGCCUAGAGGUGAUGCCUUGAAAAAACUUGAAGAAAGAGGAGUGGUCGUACGUUUUGUACUUGGUCGGAGUCCUAAUCGAGGUGAUAGCUUGGAUCGCAAUAUUGAUGAUGAAAACCGCUCAACAAAGGAUUUCUUGAUUCUUGAAAAUCACGAGGAAGCUCAAGAAGAGUUGCCUAAAAAAGCAAAAAUAUUCUUUAGUACUGCAGUUCAGAACUGGGAUGCUGAUUUCUAUGUGAAAGUCGAUGACAAUAUUAACAUUGAUCUGGAGGGUUUAAUUAAACUUCUUGAACAUCGCCGUGGCCAGGAUGGCGCAUAUAUUGGAUGCAUGAAGUCAGGAGACGUGAUAUCAGAAGAGGGAAAGCUUUGGUAUGAACCUGAUUGGUGGAAAUUUGGGGAUGAAAAAUCGUAUUUCCGACACGCAUCUGGUUCACUUGUUAUACUUUCAAAGAAUUUGGCACAAUAUAUUAACAUAAACAGUGUAUCUUUGAAGACCUAUGCCUAUGAUGACACAUCAAUAGGAUCAUGGAUGAUGGGCAUCCAAUCAACAUAUAUAGACGACAGUCGCCUUUGCUGCAGUAGUACCACACAAGAUAUGCUAUGCUCUUUGGCUUGA